AUGGAAAUGGGUCUUCCACGUCUUCUUCUUCCUGCCAAUUUCCUCUAUAAAUUUCAGCCAUUCUCGCCCAUUCGAUCACGCACAAAGCAGCUUAACUCUUCACCCAACACACAACUCAUAUCUGCAAAAUAUCGAACCAAUUCAUCACAGCUCAAAUCUGCUACCUCCUGCAAAAUAGCAAAGAGAGUUGUAAUCCUCUUUAAAGAUUCACAUCAUAACAGAAUUCUCAUAAAGGUCCACUUGAUAGAAGGCUUUAGCACUGAUUUUACAAGAAGAGAAUUGUGCAAGAUUUAUCUACAGGCUUGUUAUCAAGAAUGGCUGGAGAAACAGGAAGAGGACCUAAUCCUGAAGAACAUGUGCCACGAGUUAUACCAGAACGUAGUGUGGAAGAGAGGUUUCGCAAGCAUAAUCCACCAACUUUUGAUGGCCUUGGUGAUCAUUUGGAUGCCGAAAGAUGGGUAAGAGCUACUGAAAGGAUACUUAACCAUGUUGGCUGUGGGGAUAGGGAGAAACUCACAUGCGCAAUUGUUCCAACUCGUUGAUGAGGCCGAAUUCUGGUGGGAAUCAGUGCAACGAACUUUGACCCCCGAGCAAUGGAAAGCGUACAGGUGGAAUGAUUUUAAAGAAAGACUAUAUGAAAAGUAUAUCCCUGGAUGCUAUAGAAAAAGAAACAAGAUGGGUUUUGGGAUUUAAGAAACGAGAAGAGAUUGAUGGGGAUAUUCGAUUGAAAUAUCAAAUUUUAUGGGGCAAGUAGAUUUAUUCUAGCUUUUAUAGAAUCACUACGCAUGAGAAAAGAAGGCGAGAGUUGAAAGUCUAGUUUAUUAGCCAAGGUAUUUAAAUUUCGAGGACGAAAUUUUUUUAAGGGGGGAGGGUUGUAAUACCCCGAUUUUUCUUAAUAAGAUUACAUGAGAAUAUUUGAAUUUAGAAUAUUAUUUAUAAGUCUUUAUUGGACUGGAUUUAUUUAUUUUUGUUUAUAAGGCCCGAUUCUUUCAAUCAAGCCAGCCGAAGCAGAUACAUAUCCUAUUGCUACGUUUUAGAGGCAUAUAUAUAUAUAUUUUACAAGAAGCAUAAGUAUUGAAAACAGUCACUUGAGCAGCAGAGUUUGCUACAGUUACACAUAUUUAUAAGGUGAGAAAUGCAGAAACUUGGAUGGAAAUUGAUACAUAUCUUCUUCUAUUAAUUCAAUGGAAAUGGGUCUUCCACGUCUUCUUCUUCCUGCCAAUUUCCUCUAUAAAUUUCAGCCAUUCUCGCCCAUUCGAUCACGCACAAAGCAGCUUAACUCUUCACCCAACACACAACUCAUAUCUGCAAAAUAUCGAACCAAUUCAUCACAGCUCAAAUCUGCUACCUCCUGCAAAAUAGCAAAGAGAGUUGUAAUCCUCUUUAAAGGUCCAACCUUUCACUUAUAUCAAGAUUUUAUAAUCUUACCUCUUGUUAUCAAUAAAAGCUCUUGAUUACAAUACAUUUUUUUUCCCCUGCAGAUUCACAUCAUAACAGAAUUCUCAUAAAGGUUUGCCUCCAGUUCACUUCCAUUCUCAAACAUACACUCAUAUUCAUACGCCAAAGCAUACUUCAUAACCAUUCUCCAGUUUACCCAUAAGAGAUAAUUUACAUAUGCGAAUAACAAUCGAAUCUUGUAUAUAUGAUUGUCAUAGAGAGUAAAUAGAAUUGAAACAAGUGCACGUAAUGACUACAGAUUAAUCGAACUUAUCUGUUUUUCAUGAGUGUGUUGUUGUGGGAAUGGAGACGAGUCAGGGGAGGGGGAAUCGGAGAUGGCGGCAGCGACUUGUUAGAUGCUGUUGUUCGCCGAUCGAGAAAAAGGGAAACGACAACGGCAGCCCGUUGCCGGUUGACCCAGCGAGAGGGAGAAGCGAAGGCAGCGGUGCUGCUGUGGUCGCCACGGCGGCGCGGUUACUACUGUUGUCGCCCGCGUAACUGCUCACCGCGAGUAGAAAGCGAGGAGGGGAGACGACAUGGAGUCGGCGGCGGUGGCGGGCCUUUGCCGUUGACCGUCCAGCCAAGAGAAGGAGAUGGGAGGGGGCAGAUUUAGGGAUUUUGGAAUUUGGGGAUUUCCUUUUGAGAGAAAGAAAGAGGGAGAGAGAGAGAGAGAGAGAGAGAGAGAGAGGCAAAAUGGGGGGGAACAGAGAGAGGAGAGAGUGAGACGCGGUGCCGGAAGGAGAUGGAGGUGGUCGACGGCGGCCGUAGCUGCCGGAUUAAAGGAGGAGGCGGCUGUGAGAGAGAGCGGGGAGGAUUAGGUGUGCUGAUUUCUGUGUGUGCGUGUUAGGGGGGAGAGAGAGACGCCGAGAUGGAGAAGGAGGCGACAGCCAUAGCGUCGGCGUCGCAGCGUCUGCUCGCCGGAGAAAGAGGCGGCGGCGGCUGCAGAUUUCAGAGGGAGAAAGAAGGAAUGGAAAGUGAGAGCUGGGAUAGAGAGAGAGAGACCGAAAGAGAAAAAGAAAGGAAGGGAUGGGUUGAAUUGGGCCCUUAUUUUUGGGCUUCAGUUUUUUUUAAAAUUGGGCCAGAUGCAUGAGAAUUAUUUGAUUGAACUUGGGCUCAUACUAAGAGAUUUGGACUUAAGUUUUAUUUUAUUUUGAUUAAUUUGAGCCUUAGCUUGAUUAUUUAUUCAAAGUUGCAUAAUAAAUAUUAUUAUGCAUUAAGUAUGAGAUUUUAGAUCUGUGAUUAUAGCAUGAGUUUGCAAAAGAGUUCAAAAGUUUAAAGCUAUACUUUUGCAAUAAGUAUUUUGAAAUUGAGAUUUAGUUAAGUUUAAUGAGAAGUCGAUUAAUUACCGAACUAGGAUUUAAGAAUUUUAUGGAAAUGUUAGCAGAGACGAUAUUUUGAGGCCUAUUAAGAUUAGAUUAUCUUGUAGGUCCACUUGAUAGAAGGCUUUAGCACUGAUUUUACAAGAAGAGAAUUGUGCAAGAUUUAUCUACAGGCUUGUUAUCAAGGUGAGUUUUUAUUUUCCAAUGUAUGUUUUGAGUUAUUGAGCUCUAAAUUGUUUUUAUGCAAAUGCAAAUGAAUGUCCAUGUUAAAAUGUUUUUAUCUCUCUAUUGUUUAAAGUGCUCCUAUGUUCUCUAACGAUCGGGUCCUAGCCGGCGUAGCGAUUGGAUCGCCCUGGUUAGGAUUGUGUACACACAAGGGGGUAUUGUGGGCUGCUCCCACUUGCCUCAGACUGUCAGACUUGGGCUGCUCCCAUUUCUGAAACAUGCAUGGUAGUGGACCUCUGUGGGCUGCUCCCACAAGUUCACAUAAUAGGUGAAGCACCAGUAGAGAGAAGACUAAAAAUGGAUCCACAAUUUAUUUAACGUAUGCAUAGAAUGCUUUCAAAUAUUUCUAUGUUAUACUGUUCAUAGCAUGGAUUAUUCUUUUAAAUGGAUUUUUCAAAUGUUUUCAAAUGGCUAAACCCACUGAGUAUAUUAGUACUCAGCCCUGCAAUUGUUUUCAAAACCUUUUGCAGGUUGAGCGGCAGAUGGUGACGUGCGAAGCUGAGGGAGGGUGUUGCUGUAUUUCCAAAUGAAUGUCAAGAAUAAAUUCCGCUGCCAUAGUAUUCACUAAGGUGGAUAUUAUUUGAGAUUAGCUAUUUUAAUAUUCAUAGCCUAUUUAAUAUGAACUCCUGAUGUCAUCGCUUUCCUAGUGAUUAUUCCUCUCAUAUAAUAUUCGCUUAGUACUAAAUGUUAUCUUAUUGUCUCAGACCUCCGAACUUUUGAUCCUGGUUGGGAGAAUUUCUAUUUUAAUUGUCGUAUUUAUUAUCCUUCAA